AGCAGCAACCUUUCUGUUGACCGCUGCAUGCCCACCUAGCAACGCUCGCCCCCAUUGUCUGCUCUGGUGACGCUCGUUGCUAACCGUCUGCCGACAAUAUAUUGUAUACCUGUUAUCACGUCUGUAACACCACUUCAAAUAAUAAGAGGGCAUGGAUGUGGAGUGUCGGGAAUGAGUAGAAACAUGCGGGAUCGUUAGAUUAUCAUGGAGAGAGAUGUGACAGCUAGCCAGCACAAACACUGGCGUACCACGCAGGAGCGUGUUGAGAAAUAUAUUUCUGACAACUCUUUCAAAGAUGUCAACCUACGUGGGAAGCUGUACCCCAAGGCAAAAGAAGUUGACAGGCUGUAUCACUGGGAAUUGCCACUGGGUGAGAAGACAUGGGAAAAUUGGACCUUCAAGAGUAUUACCAUACAGGACUUCAAGCCGAUAAAGACAGGCAUGGCCUUUGGUCCACUUUGGAGCACACACUGGUUCAAGGUGGAGGUGAACAUUCCAGAGGAUUGGAUUCAGCAGGAGGUGUGGCUGCAUUGGGUGAGUCAGGGUGAGGCCAUGCUGUGGAGUGCCAAAGGAGAGCCACUGCAGGGUUUCUCACCUGGUGGAGUGCAUCUUAGCCCACUCAAAGGAGCCAAGAGAACUGGUCCUCUGGAGCCAGACCAAAGCCGCACUGAUUACAUGCUCAGCUUAUGCUGGUCAGGCUCUCAGGAGACUCAGAUAUUUUAUAUUGAGAUGGCUUGUUGCGGUAUGUUUGGUGCUGGCGCAGAUGGUAUGAUCAGUCCACCAGACGAGGAUAGUGUCUUUCAGCUUGAGGCAGUGGAAGUGAGCACUCGUGACAAGUUGGUGUACAAGCUGCUGACUGACAUUGACGUGCUGCAUGACAUGACGGUUUCCCUGGGCAGUAAUGAUCUCCGGGCUCACCAAGCAUUAUAUGCUGCAAAUCAUAUGAUAAAUACCAUCAUCAGUGGCAAUUACAGUCAGGCCAGCCAAAUUGCUGACACUUUCUUUGGCAAGAGGAAUGGAGACCUGGCUCAUACAGUGGCCAUGAUUGGCAACUGCCACAUUGAUUCGGCCUGGUUGUGGCCGUACUCAGAGACCAAGAGAAAGUGUGCCCGCUCCUGGUCCUCAACUGUGCUGCUGCUGGAGGAGUACCCGGAGAUGAAAUUUGCCUGCUCACAGGCUCAGCAGUUUUCAUGGGUUAAGUUACACUAUCCAAAACUAUAUGACAAGAUCAGCCUCCUGGUAAAGGCCAAGCGCUUCAUUCCUGUUGGUGGAACUUGGGUGGAGAUGGAUGGGCUCAUUCCCAGUGGUGAGUCCUUCAUGCGGCAGUUCCUGUAUGGACAGCUGUUCUUCAAGAGGGAAUUUGGUGCUCUAUGUAAAGAGUUUUGGCUGCCAGACACCUUUGGUUACUCAGCUCAAUUCCCACAGAUUUGUAAGAAUUUUGGCAUCACUCGCUUCUUAACUCAGAAGAUGUCUUGGAGUUUGUUCAACAAAUUUCCUCACCAUAACUUCAUAUGGGAAGGUCUGGACGGGUCCACUAUUCUUGCACACUUUCCUCCUGGUGACUCAUAUGAGCUGAGAGUAAGGGUGAAGGAAGCUGUUCGCACAAUAAACAACCUGCAGGACAAGGGUCGUGUCAGCACUUCAGCUUUUCUCUAUGGGCAUGGGGAUGGAGGUGGUGGCCCCACCAGGAAUAUGCUGGAGCGCAGCCGCCGCCUGAGGGAUGUAGACGGCUGUCCAAGGAUGGAGCACAUGUCUCCGAGUGCCUUCUUUGAGCGGCUUGAGACUGAGCAGCACAACCUGUGCCGCUGGGUGGGUGAACUUUACCUGGAGCUGCACAAUGGCACUUACACCUCACAGGCUAGAACUAAGAAACAGAAUCGCAUCUGUGAGUUUUCCCUUCGAAACACUGAGAUAUUCCUUGCUGUCGUGGCUGUCAAAGGCAAAAUGAAAAAGGAAGAACUACUGAGACACCAAGAUAAGCUGCAUGAUGCAUGGGAAAAGGUCUUGUUGAAUCAGUUUCAUGAUGUCAUUCCUGGCACAAGUAUUGGUUUGGUAUACCAUGAUGCUGACCGUUUGUACAAAGAGGCACUGGCCAGCACUGAAGAGGUGCAAAGAGCUUGUCGUCCUUUUCUCUUUGAAGACCCAGGAAAGAAAAAAAAUGGGGAGAUGGUAGUAAUAAACACCUUGCCUUGGCCAAUGAGGCAGGUGAUGAUAGUGGAGGAGGAGGGAACACAAGGUGAAGUUCAACAGUCUGCAGGGGAAGGACAAUACUAUGUGGCAGUAGAAGCACCUGGGAUUGGCUGGAGCAAGCUUUCCACCCCUCUCACCCCACCCAAAGUUACAGUCUCACUCACCAACAAUUGUUAUAUCUUGGAGAACCAGUACAUGAAAGUUCAGGUGAACAGGUUUGGUCAGGUAGAGAGCUUGAUGGUGGCUGGUGAGUCUCAGGAUGUGUUCAGGAGAGAAGGCACACAUGCAGGCCAAGGGAACCAGCUUGUGUUGUUUGAUGAUGUGCCUUUGUACUGGGAUGCCUGGGACACCAUGGACUACCACCUGGAGACUGGAAGAGUCCUUAAUGUCAAGGAAAGUGGUUGUGAAGUGAAUGAAGUGGAGGUAGUGCAGAGUGGCCCCCUUGUUGUAAGGCUUAAGUGGGCUCUGAAAAUUUCUGAAGUAUCAUCCAUCACUCAGGAGAUUGAGCUCUCAGCUGUCAGUCCUUAUCUUGUCUUCAGAUGCAAAGUGGACUGGCAUGAAAGUCACAAGUUUCUCAAGGUUUUGUUCAAUACUGCUCUUCUUGCCAGGACUGCAGCCUUUGAUUCACAGUUUGGGUUUGUUGAGCGUGCCACACACUGCAACACCUCGUGGGAUUCUGCCAAGUUUGAAGUGUGUGGACAUAAGUGGGCUGACCUCUCGGAGCUCAGCCUGGGCAUGGCUGUCCUGAACGACUGCAAAUAUGGCUGGACUGCACGAGGAAGCACACUUAUGUUGUCUUUGCUGCGUUCACCUAAGGCUCCUGAUGCCAAGUGUGAUAUGGGGCAACAUACCUUCUCCUAUGCUCUUAUGCCUCACAAAGGUUGUGGGGAUAAGACCAGAGUACAAAGAUGUGCUUAUGAGUUCAACAGCAACUUAGCCUUGCUUUCAACUUCUGUAAGUCAUGAUAGUGAAGUGUGGUUCAGUCUGGCUGGGAGUGGAGCAAUGAUUGAGGCAGUGAAGCUGGCCGAGGACAAGAGUGGCGAUGUGGUGGUGAGGCUGUAUGAGACCCUUGGUGGCACCACUUCUGCAAGGUUGAAGGUCCCCAGGCAGCCCCAGAGGGUCUGCCUGUGCAAUGGUCUGGAGGAACCUAUGAGUGACCUGAGUCUUGAAGUGGGGCAAGAUGAUGAGGUGUUUGUUGACCUCACCUUGUCACCAUUCAAGAUUGCCAACAUUCGUAUCACAUAUAACUAAGGUACUCUCUCUCUCUCUCUCUCUCUCUCUCUCUCUCUCUCUCUCUCUCUCUCUCUC